AUGGAAUAUCCGGUUGCUGUUAGAGUUAGAUAUGAGCUGCACACAGUUUUUGCCCUGUCCCUCAUGGCAAUGUUUUUCUGUUCCUCGACAUCCGCAUUUGCUUCACUUGAGGAAACGAUUGAAGAUCCCAAGGCGGACAGAAAGAGUCCAAGCCGUUGUACUGAAGCUUCAGGUGAAUUCGAUCAAGUAUACAGCGAAUCUAAAGUCGUGGGGAAAGAAUACUCCCUUGAUAGUACUCAAGCCUGCGAAGGAAUGUAG